CGCAUGCGCAAGCAAACAACGCCCCACCGUCAUUUAUGUUACAAUGAGCGAAGCAGCAGCAGCAUCAGUGUGUCAUUCCCCACAGCACAUCAAUCAACGAAGCAACAGGCGACAACACUAAGAUCAGAUCACCGCCCUUGCUUGAGCAGCGCAGAGUCAAGCGCAUCAACAUCGGAUAUGGGCCGCAGUGGCGAGGACGAGGACGUGCGUGGCACAGCAAAGGAGGCAGAUAGGAAUGGAUCAGGCGCUGGGGUCGAGAAUGGCUCCGAAGACGUGGUGCCUGUGCUGCCCAGCCUGACGCCCGUGGGAGAUAGGCUCACGGAGAGCGGCACGGAGGUGAUUGAUCUUGACGAAGAGAUUGCCUCCGCAUCCCGGCGUGAAAGCCGGCGCCAAAGCAGCACCACGCUUGCCACCUCUAGGCACUCUGCUGAUCACACCGACACGGAUGCAGAUGCAGCAGACGCCACCGACAGGCAGCAGCAGCAAGGAAAACAUCAAGGCAAAGACUCGGUAACGGUCAAUGUGAAUGAGCAGGCGCCCGUGCCACAGCGAGAGCACCGCAUCAGCGAUGACUUGCUCAACGUCAAGCCCGAACAUCAGACGGCGCUCACCUGGAAAGAGGUCACGUGCACCAUCUACAAGGACAAGAAGGACACGAAAGGCAAGAAGAUCCUGGAUAAUGUCACGGGAGCCGUGCGACCAGGCGAAAUCUGCGCCAUCAUGGGACCCUCAGGGAGUGGCAAGACGACGCUGCUGGACGUGCUCGCUGAUCGCAAGAAGAACACCAAGAAGCAGCGCCUUGAGGGCGAUGUGCUUGUCAACGCCCAGCGUCGCGACAGCAACUUCCGUCACUACGCCGCGUAUGUGCAGCAGGAAGACUCCUUGAUCGGCACGCUCACCGUGCUUGAGACGUUUCGCUUCUCUGCCGCCGUAACCAUGGAGGCAGCCAACAAGGAGGAGCGUCGCAGGAUUGUAGACAACGUCAUUGAGAUCUUGGGCCUCAACGUCUGCAAACACGUCGCCAUCGGCAACGUGUUUAAGAAAGGGAUCUCUGGCGGCCAGAAGCGACGUGUCAGCAUCGGCAUUGAGCUGCUGAAGAACCCGACGCUCCUCUUUCUCGAUGAGCCGACAUCGGGACUCGAUUCUGAAUCGGCUUUCAAAAUUGUGGAGUACCUGGGCGAUCUCGCUGCCACGGGCCGCACCGUCAUCUUCACGGUUCACCAGCCAAACUCAGAGCUGUAUGCACAGUUCCACAAGUUGAUGAUCCUGGCCAGCGGCCGCGUUGUGUACAACGGUAUGGCAAACAAGGCAGUGGACUACUUUGCCAACCUCGGCUACCCGCUCCCGCCCUACACCAACCCAGCUGACUUCUUCAUCAGGCUGAUCAACAUGGACUUUGAGGCAACGGCAGAGAUGAGCGAGGACGAGAUCCACAAACGCAACUUCAAGUUUGCCGACGACUUUUCCCGCAGCGAGCAGAGCAAGAUUGUGCAUGCGGAGGUGCAGGAUGUGCACGAGGCCUUUGCCGGCAAGCAGAGCCAGGCGCCGCUUCGCACGGGCUACGCCGCCAGCUUCUUCAAGCAGCUGUUCUAUCUCUCCAAGCGCCGCAACCUCGACAACUUGCGCAACCCAGGCGUGUUCUGGGUGCGUUUGGCCAUGUUUGUGAUGCUGUGCUUUGUCAUCGGCACCAUCUACUGGCAAAUGGACCAUGACCACAACAGCAUCCAGGAUCGCAUCAGCCUGCUGUUCUUCACCGUCGCCUUCCUUGUCUUCAUGAGCAUCGCAGUGGUGCCCGUGUUCAUUGAGGAUAACGCGGUGUUUGUGCGCGAGCGGAAGAACGGCUACUACGCCGUUGCUGCACACGUGGUUGCUGAUUCCCUCAUGUCGAUCCCAGGGUUGCUUGUCAUCUCCUUCUUGUCCAGCGUGUUUGUGUUCUUCAUGGCGGGCCUACAUGGUGGCGCGGCUGGCUUCUUCAUCUUCACCUUUGCCCUCUUUGUCAGCCUGUUUGUAGCGGAGAGCAUGCUGGCGUUCGUUGCGUCGCUUCUGCCCCAGCUCCUGCCUGCACUGGCCCUCGCCGCUGGCAUCUACGGCUUCUUCAUGCUCUGCUGCGGUUUCUUUGUGCUGCCGAAGAAUAUCCCACCGUACUGGAUUUGGGGCUCGUACAUUGGCUUCCAUCGCUACUCGUUCCGCAUCUUUAUGCACAAUGAGUUUGAUGGCAACCACUUCAACUCCACCAUCCUGCCGCGCGGCGAGGACGUGCUUGCUCUCUAUGACAUGGAAAAUGUCAGUGUUGGGCGAGACUUUGGCAUCCUCAUUGCCAUGGCUGUCAUUUACCGCAUGAUGUUCUUCGCCGCGCUGUACUACCUGCGCACUGGCCGCCGCUAAGAUUACCGAGCAGAGGUGACACACACCACAGAAGGGAUUAGCGCAACUCUGCAACGGAAGGGACACCGGACGCAUGCUUUCGAAAUGGGCAACAUGCUCUAGUGCUCUGCUGCUACUCUUCUCUCACUGGUGCGCUCUGCUUGUGCUCUUCUGCCAGCUUCCCUUCGUCAAUCUUCUCUCGUUCUUCGACUCUGUGGCUGGCUCCGUUGCUUUCUGCUUCUUCGUCCCCAUCUCUCUCAUGCUGAGUGAAUGGCUUUCUGCUUCCACUGCGCUCUCCACACGCCACCUUGUUGCCUUGUUUCACUCUUCUGGGUUUGUCCCACGUUCAGAGAGGACGUUCUUCAGAUGUUCAAAUGUCUCAAUGUUGUCUCUUCUGUGCAUCACACCCACGUUAAGGCGCUGUGUUUUGUGUACAAUGAUAAAACGUGGUCUGUGCUGCUGCGCGUGCGUUCCACCUUCCAC